AUGUCAACAACAGAGAACACAACAACAGUUAUAGUCCAUGAAGCUAUAAAUGAAGAAUAUGAAUGGAUACAAUAUAACAAACAAUUGCGUCUAAUUCGUUCGGUCAAAGACGAUAUGUACCAAAUGCAAAGUAUUUUGACAGCAUGUUUUGCACCCGACAAUAAGAAACCACAAGACUGGUUUAGGAACCAAAGCACUAUUGAACUAUUAAAUGAAGCACAGCGAGACAUACUUUUUUCUGAAACCAUUGACGAAGCAAAGCGAGUAAGUAAAAAAUCUUACUCGCCAAAACUCUAUGAAAAUCGUGAAAAAUUGCCAAACGGUUUGAGAGGAUAUUAUGUACAUAGACUUCUUGUAAAUGCUGUUGCAAUGUGGGCUUCAGCUCGCCAUUCAUGGCAUGUUUACAAACUUCUUGACGAAAUUCAUAGACAAGAACGUGAAGAGAUGGAAAACAAGCUUGAAGCAAAAGACAAAAGCAUUCAGAAAAGAAUACCACGUUCGGUACCAAA